AUGUUGGCAUUGCUAAUUCUGCUACCUAUUAUUUCGACGGAAUCAUUCUGGAUGACAGCCGAGCUGUUGCGGGUGGAUUGGAGGGAAGGAUGCCUAACCACUGCCGGUUGCUCUCAGCCCAGAUUCAAGGUACUUGAGGACAUGUUACCAAUUACCGAGAAGAUUUCUAUCAGUUGGUCUAUUUCGGAGCACUUUGUACAGGAUGCCUCACGCUCGUUUGUGUCUCACUGGGCAAAAGGUAAACCAGAGGAUGUGAUGCUCACCUGCCAGGUGGUCGGAACUGACCCGACCUAUGGUUUUCCACGAGUCUGCGACCAGACGGCAACAGUUCGCGUUUUUCAAGAAGGAGUUACUGAGGCAUUUGGUCGAAACCGACGUCAUCAGGACAUGGCCACUACCACUGCAGAAACGGAAGAGGAGUUGGGCAAGAAGCUGAUCGAGAUUAGAGCCAAAUGCUUUAACGCCACUCUUGCUAUACAAAAGCAUACAGAGAGAUGUCCAUGGUGCCCGAAUCCCUCCGAUGUAACACUCAUUGAACAAACGCUGCCAGAAGAUAUCUCUGCCGAAUCGAAUUCGAUUUUCUCACAGUUGAAAGGAGAUGAAAAGCUACUGCAUGUAUGUGUUCUGUUACUGGCGGGCAUUGCUGUCCUAGCAUCAGUGGGCCUCGCAUGUGUACUGGUUGCUUUUCUUCGACAGAAAAGGAUUCAUCGCCAUAUUUACGAGAAACCGCGGCAUCAUCCUUCCCUGUCAUCCUGGAAGACCGAUGGACACGCCAGGUACGAUAUGCCUUGGGAACAGACUCGUCCGCUCACUUAUAAACUGUCAUCAUCGUCGAAAUCCGAAGCUACAACCACAUCGCCGCUUGACUCGGUGUCGUCACUCCAUGGCUCUCCUCCAGUCGUCAUCCCAUAUGGCUUCCGAUCUGGAUGUACAAAACCGCAGACAGACCUCUAUCAUCAUAUCUCUCCUAACUCCUCUAUAGCGGAUCAUGACUCUGGGAGGGGCUCAAUAUGA